AUGCGCCAGCACUCGAACGGCUGGGGUGCAGGGCCGGAGUGUCUUGAGAGUGUGGUGGAGGGAGGAGUGGGAGGGGAAGGAGGGGUAAGAGGAGGAGGAGGGGGAGCGAAGGGAUUUGGGGCGUUUGGGUCGGGCUUUGGUGGUGUGGGCCGAGGGUCUGGAGGUGGCAGGCUUGGGGCGUUGAGAUCAGGAAUGGUAGAAGCAGGAAGGGGAGGAGGACGGGGCCAAGUAGGGAGAGGAGGAGCAGGAGGAGGAGGAGGGAGUGAGGCAGCAUCGGGAGGGCCUGUGUUUGUGAACACAAGGCGGACAGAGGAGUAUCAAAAGUUACACCAGUCCUCCAGCAAUCUCAAACCACCAGGCCACCCUCCCGUCUCUCCGUCCGGAUUCGCUGCGUUUGGGAUGCGGUUUCUGCAGCUGAGAGCCGUUGGUGGCGGGGGUGGUGGUGGAGGGGGUGGUGGAGGGGGUGGGUUCACGUGGAUUCAGGGAGGGUUUGUGCGGCGAGAAGGCUCAGCUAGCCCCGCUGCUAGUGCUGGUAGCGGCGGUGCAGCGGCUGUAGCGGCUGGUGGUGGUAACAGUGCUGACAGUGGUGGGGGUGGCAACAUGGGAUACGAUUUUGGAUACGACAUGGGGUAG